UAACAAUGUCAAAGUGUUUAUUCUAACUCUAAGCAAAUCAUAAACUUGAAAAGCACGCCGUAGCUGCCGUUCCCCGCCACCACCGGCGCUUUCCAAUCCCGUCGCCGCCACCACCCCCACCUGCUGCACGUCGCCGACUGCCGCUACCAAUUUCUCAGAUUUGUGUUGGGGUAUAAUAAUUCCAAUUUGCGAUCUAUGUUUGGCGGUGGAGGAAGGUGGUUGCGCUUCUCAGAGCGAUUCAAGUUUGUUCUGACAUCAUCACUAUGCGGCAACCCCCGAAGCAGUUCCUAUUGUACCUCAGCGAGGAACAACAACAAUAGCAAGAACAUCAUCACCGAUGAAAGGUAUCGCCAGAUAAAAAAUCUCGACAUGAUGACUGCUGUUAAGAUGCUUUUCACCGAGCCCCCACAGAAGAAAAAGUUUGGGUUUGAUUUCCAUCUUGUGCAAUUUUUUUUUGCCUGUAUGCCUUCCUUGGUUUUUUUUUUUUUUCAUUCCACAGCUGUGUAUUUGGUGGCGCAGUAUGCUCGUUAUGACAUGAGAAAAAUGGAGGUGGAAGUAGAGCAGAAAAGGAAGGUGAAGGAAGAAGAAGAACAGAAAGAAAAAGAAAAAGAAAUGGAACUUAAUCCUCCUGAGGAACGGGAAGCGAAAUCCGAUCCGCAGCUUAUGGAGGUGAAAGUGAGACUGGAGAAACUGGAAGAGGCUCUAAAGGAGAUUGUGGUUGAAACAAAGAAACAAUCAAGCAGCAAUGUAGCAAAAAAUCAGACAGCUGAUGAUGGAAAAGAACUUCAAAAUUCUUCUGCCCCAAGGGACACAAGUAGCGCUUCAACAUCAAACAGAGCUGUAGAUGAAGACCGUUUUAGUAAGCAUAAUUCUCUCAAGUCAAAGCCAAAUUUAGGUGAGGAGAGUAAAGGUUCAAUGGCAACUCCAAAUUCUUCUCUUCAGGACCCAAAGGGCCAGAAUCAAAGUAAAGGGGCUUCUUAAGGUACUAGGAUCUUAAAAUAUUUUGAAGUCAAGCCAAUGUACGUAAUUGAUCAGAAGCUAUAGGCUGUUUUUUUUUUUUUAUAUUUCUUUUAAUGAGUGAAUAGUUAUUCAAUCAAUUUUCAGAGGUUACCAAACCUGUGGAAAUUUAUUUUGAGAAGGAAAGUUUAAAUCAUAAAGGACUAUGUGCAUCAGUUUUGUUGGGCUUUAUGCACUCUGCAAUCGUGUAAGGGUACAGUUAAUAGGUCUUAUUCGUGCAAUGAUCAUUUUGCA